GCGUCCAGAACAGACUGAGCUGCAGUUUCAGCCAGGAGAGCGGGCAGGCGUCUGCGGCGGCCCAACCCCCGCCCCGCGGCCCUUGGCUCCUCAGGCAUGGCGGCCUCCGCCGCCUCGCACCGGCCCAUCAAGGGGAUUCUGAAGAAUAAAAGCUCCACUGCUUCCUCUGUGGCGGCCUCCUCCCCGCAGUCCGGAGGGAACAUCCAGGAGGUACAGAGAAAAAAGUCCCAAAAAUGGGAUGAAUCCAACAUCCUGGCAACACACCGUCGGGCCUACAGAGACUAUGACUUAAUGAAGAUAAACGAGCCCAGCAGCCCCCACUGCGGCCAGCGAGACUACGGAGAAGACCCAGGGAGCGACUUGGACGCAAAGGACACCAUGAGCCCGGACGUCGUAGCUAAGAAACUGGCCGCCAGCGGGACCUCGCGAUGGAGCCGUCAGGUGGGGGAGCCCGACAGUGAUGGAGCACACAGUAGCAAGACCUUUUUCGACGCGCAGGAAAAGCAGCGGCAGUUCGAAAUGAAAAGGAAACUACACCACAACGAAGGCCUGAACAUCCAGCUGGCCAGACGACUCAUCUCCAACGACCUGCAGCACGAGAAAGACGAGGAUGACAACGGAGGAGCACCACGUGGUGCCAGCGAACACAGCACCGGCCUGGAAGAGUCCUCGGAUGAAGUUUCUACAAGCGACGAACCGCAAAGCCAGCCGUCCCACAGCUAGCUGACCGUCGCUCCGCCCCGCCGCCGCUGGCCGCCUACCGCCGACCCGGUGGCCGCGACGCAGCGCUGCUCGUUGUCAAGUCCGGGCCGCAAGGGCCGGGACGCCCGGCAGUCCACCUGCCCCUGGAUCACUCCAUGGUGAACUUCUAAAACGACACAUUAAAGGCAGAACGAC